AUGUCAUCGCCAGUUUCGUACGCUAACGUCGCCAAGGGGCAAGUUCCAGAACAGGAAUUGCAUGAAGUUUCAGGUGAAGCUUCUAGAAGUGAAACCUCCGGGGUUGAGGUCAUUUCGACAGAAGAACCACAAGAAGCAGAAGCAGCAACAUCCGAGCCUGCUGAGCCUACUGAGCGUGCUGAGUCAGCUGAGACCAAAGAAAAGGAAGCUGCUAAGGAAAAGAAGCCAUUGGCGCCAGCUCCAGUUCCUAGCAAGUCUGCUUGGGGUGCUGCUGCAAACGUGAGCAACAAACCAGUUGACGAGCACAAGUGGCCUACACCUGAUAAGGCCAGUUUGUCAGAUCAACAGGCCACUCCAACCCAAAAGCAGCAAAAAUUCAUUAAGCCUAUUACCAACAAAUGGGUGCCUAUCAAUGCAAAGGUUAUCUUACCAAGUGGAAGAACAAACAGUCAGAAGCAAAAGCAAAACAAAAAGAACAAGAAGGGUGCUAAUACCCAAAAGAAGCAAGUGAAUAAUCAAAGUGCCCAAAAUACCAAUAACAAUCCAAACAUGCAAGCAACCCAACCAGUCGCUGGCAUAAGUAAGAAGGACGGUCAAUUUGAAUCUCCUGAGCAAGCCCAGCAACCACAUGACGGUUUCAAGCCAAGACCAAAUGGUCAGUUCCAAGGUCAACCUCAAGGUCAACCUCAGCAAAAGAAUAUGAGACGCUUUAACGGUAACACCAACGGAAGUUUCAAACCAAGAUUCCCUAACCAGCCACCAUCUCAACAACAGCAACAAUCAUCACCUCAGCAAAAUGGUUUCUACCACCCUCAACCAUUUGUUCAAAAUCAAAACUACCAAAAUUUCAAUAACCGUCAAUUUAGACCAAAUCAAUUCCGUCAUCAAAAUAAUAGAAAUUCAUUCCACCAACCAAUGAAUGGAUCAAAUGGAUUUAUCAAUAGUUCCAUGGGAUUACCACAACAAAUUCCACAACAAAUUCCUCCACCAAUUUCACCAAAGCAAGAUCCUCAACAAGCAUUAACUCAACAAAUCGACUAUUACUUUUCUUUGGAAAACUUAAUAAAAGAUAUCUUUUUGAGAAAGAAUAUGAACACUGAAGGGUGGGUUUCAUUGGCAUUAAUUUUGAAUUUUAAGCGUGUUAAAAUAAUUAUCAACGGUAUACAAAACAGUAUUGAAAAUAAAGAAAUCAGUUCUAGCACCAUUAUUUUGGAUUCUUUAAAACAUUGUGAGAAUUUAGAGAUUAAUUAUUUAAAUGGUAAAGAUUUACAAACUGCUGAUAUUGAUGACAUUGAGUUGAGAGUUAAGGGGAAUUAUGAACAAUGGUUGUUACCAAAUGAUAAUUAA